GUGAAAACUGAAAUUGAAAUAUGACACAGUCGUAAAUGUAAUGGCGAUUUGGAAGUUAUUUGUGGUAUUGUUACUAAAUAAUCACAAAUAAGUAAUAGAUAUUUUCGUAAUAAUAAGUGACGUCUGUUAAAAAAUGCGCUCUGUCGUUGAAAUAGGGGCUAGUGUCCCUGCUUUUCUGGGGAAAUUAUGGAAGCUGGUGAAUGAUUCAGAAACCAAUCACCUGAUAUCUUGGAGUUCUAGUGGAAAAACAUUUGUUAUUAAAACACAAGCUGAGUUUGCCAGAGAGCUAUUACCCCUUUAUUAUAAACAUAACAAUAUGGCCAGUUUUAUUAGGCAAUUGAACAUGUAUGGAUUUCACAAGAUAACUUCUGUUGAAAAUGGAGGACUCAGGUAUGAAAAGGACGAAAUUGAAUUCUCCCAUCCCUGCUUUAUGAGGGGACAUGCCUACCUGUUAGAACAUAUUAAAAGAAAGAUUGCAAAUCCAAAAUCCAUAGUGGCCAGCAGUGAGAGUGGUGAGAAAAUCCUCUUAAAACCCGAGAUUAUGAAUAAAGUUCUGGCAGACGUGAAACAAAUGAAGGGCAAGCAGGAGAGCUUAGAUGCCAAGUUUGGUGCAAUGAAACAAGAGAAUGAGGCGCUGUGGAGGGAGGUGGCUAUUCUUAGACAAAAACAUAUUAAACAACAACAAAUUGUGAACAAUUUGAUACAAUUCUUGAUGUCUCUUGUACAACCAACUAGAGCUUCGAACUCAAAUGGUAACAAUGUUGGAGUUAAGAGACCAUACCAAUUAAUGAUAAAUAAUGCAGCACAUAAUAAUAAAAAUGAUGCAUACCCGGGCAGAAUUAAAAAUAUCAAAAUAGACAAGGAUUCAAUUUUGGAUGAUAUAAAUGAAGAUUACUUGGAAGAUGGUCCUACUAUUCAUGAAUUGGUGCAUGAUGAUAUUGGGCAAAAUGAUGUUUCUGAAGACCCACUAGAGCCCACUGAAUUUGUGAAUGUGGAUUUUUCAUCACCCCCCAUUAUUAUAAAUCAUGUAGGUUCGAACACAUUACCAACCCAAUAUCAUGUUACAAUGGAAGAUGGUGAGGAUGCAGAAUGUGGUCAAUCAAUAAUUGGGCAAGUAGUAAACAAUGUAACCCCAAUAUCUCCAGGCACAUCCAAGGUAAAGGCGAAACUUAAUGGGACUAAGAAUGUAUCAAACACUAAAAACCUUUCAUCAUCAAACAGUUAUAUGAAACCAACAGCUGAUUACAAAUUGCCUGCGGAUAUAUUCGCUAGUGAUGAUUCAGUUAGUGAUACAGGCUUGGGUGUAUCAGAAAAUAUUGAUGGACUCAAUGAAGCUCUUCUUAAUGAAGCUGAUCCUGUUGUAUCAACAUCAAAGGAUAAAAUGCUUGGAGGGAUUGAUAUUAAAGUGGAAAGAAUAAAUGAUUCUGUGCACAGAAACUCAGGGAAGAAAGCAAAAAAGGCAAAGGAAAAUACUACACAUAUUAAUUUAGCUGAUAUUAAGACUGAAUUACAGGAUGAUUUUGAUUGGAACAACAUGACACUUGCGACAGUGAAUAAUAUGAAUAGGCUUCAGUCAGUGUACAAAAGAGAUAACAACACUCAAAAUCGGGAGGAAAAUUCAUCUCUCUUGGGAACAAAUUCUAACAAGAAUGACAUUGAUGAUCAUUUAGAUACAAUGCAAACAGAUUUGGAUUCAAUAAGAGACCUGCUCAGGAGUGACUCCUACUCACUGGACUCGAAUACAUUGCUAGGAAAUGGUGAUACAAGUUUUCAACCCUCGAUGUCGAUCAGCCCAACAUUCUACCAGCAGUUGCAAAAUGGAAAUUUGUUCACUUCUGAUGAUCCAUUCUACGGCUUGUCUUACAGCGCAAGUGAGGAAAGACCAAAACCGACCAAUGCGAUGAAGUUGAAGGGUGAAAUAUCGGACGUAAGUGGUUUCGAGAACCGCGUUCAGAGCCCCAGUCCUGAGGACGAUGCUACCGAAGGGAAUGAAUUAAUCUCGUAUUCAGGGAAUAUUCCAGACUUAGAGGAUAUAUCAAUACCCGAUUUGGAUGGUGACAAUUCUCAGGAUGGCUGUUUGUCAGACGUCGAUAGCUCUACGUUAAAUACGCCCCAUGUGCAGCUGCGGUCGCCGGUGUUCAUGUUGAAAAAAUGAAUGGAAAUUGAUGACUAAAUCACACACAAUUCACUAACCAUAAACAUUGUACUUUGAUGGUUGAGUUUCAUAACGUGUUGUUGGACUCGCAACAUUUCGAAAAUCAUACACUUACAAAUCCCAGCGCAAUAAUUUAAAAUGUCAGCUUUCAAUCACUCACGAGUUUUUUAAUGAGACCUUCUUAGCUUACGCAGGUCUCAUUCAAAAACUCUUCACUCCAGCUGGAUUUGCCGAUGUAUAGUUGGUCGACGAAUCGCUCCUGUCUCACCGAUUGGUCGCAUUCAAUUCUGUUCGCGCUCGGAGUACCUAUAGGUGCCAUGUGUGGCACGCUGUGAUGAGCAGAAAAAUUUGUCAAAUAUUCGCCAAAAUAACUGUUAUUGCUAUGAUGUGGCGCGAAAUUAUGUCAAAUUAAUGUAAGUUACAUAUUAGUAAUUAGUUCAAUAAUUGUCGUUAUCAAUUUUGAGGAAACUCCAUAACUGACAAACUUUUAAUCGACAAUCAUAGUGUAUUGCUAAUUUAUAUACGCGGUAUUCAUUUAUAUCUUAAAUGACGAGAUUAAUGUCUUGUGCCGCUAACUUCAUAACAGCAUCAACAGGAGCAAACAGGAAGUUAACACGACUGGCUUUAAAACAUCGCGCGAUGGUGACACGAAAUACGUAAUUAUUUAUUUAAUUUAAUACAGUGAAGCUAGCAAAUUUUAACACUUCCACGGUAAAAGUACCGUGGAUACACCAGGGGAUUUCACUGACCUGUAUUAAUACCACUAGAGAAGCUGGUUCCAUAUGUUUGACAUCAAAUAUUUUGUGCCUAUUUGAAGCGCCACUCGCGAGUGUCCAGACAACUAAUUAUGCGUACAAUACAAAUGGCUGCGAAGGAACGUACAAUACUCUGAAGUAUUUUUUCAUUUUGAAUUAAUUUCGUUCGUUGUCCGUCUUAUUUAUACUUCAAGAAUCAACGUAAUAAAGUACACAUUUUUUUUUUGUAAAUAGUUUCCCACCAUCUAAUCGAUGUUUGCUGGUGUUGUCAUCACUAGUUUAAGUACCGCAGACUCUCGCUACAUGGCCAACAGCGCCAAAAUGGCGAAUAUCAAACAGGCACAAAAGCACUUUGACAGCCGCCAGUCCAGUGGUAUAUAUUAGAGGUCAGUGGGGGAUUGUAAGCCAUUUGAAGGGUAGUGAGGUGUAUGAUUUUCCAAAUAUACUUAAUUAAUAAUAAUACUUUAAUAGUGUUUGUUAGAGAAGGUUUAUUUUCAACAAACAUGCUUAUAACAUUGUCAUUUCAUCACAUAUUAAAUAACGAUACUAAAAGUACGCAAUAAUUAUAAUGCCUGUCGUAAAAAUAUUGAUUUUCAUUUGAGAGUUUAUAGACUGUGCACAUCAUGGACAAAUAAACAAAUAUUUAUUAUAUUAAUCAAUUUAUUUACCCAAUUGUCCCUAAAUGUAGCGAGUUUAUAUAUGGAAUAUAAUAACACAGCGUUGGCAACAUUAUGGUUAGCCCAGCAUUGGCAAAUACAAUAUUGGAGCGAGAUUCCUUAUCUCUCAGAGCAUUAUUUAAUUCUGAAGCGGUGUGGUGCUUUGCCUGAAAUGAAAAAGAAAUAUAAAAAAAUCGAUUUGAGAAAAUAAUUGACGUUUUUUUAAGUGUAUCUGUCUAGUAGAACACGAUCUAGCUGCAUUUAGCGUCAGUUGUUUUUAAAUAGCAACUAUGGAUGUCAAAUAGCAUGCUAUUGCUAUAUUUAUAUAUGUCACUUGAGACUGUCAUUAGGCCUACGAAUGUGGACUGUAACGUUGUCACCGCUAAUAACGGUUUAUUUACCGGUUUUAUGGUAUUUGGACGUUGCGAGGAUCACAAUCACGACUGACCUCAAUUCAAGUUGUCACUUGAGAUGAGAUCAGCGCUGACCAAAGAGGUUAGCUCUUUCUAUUGUUUUAUAGUUUGCAACCAUUGAUAGAUAUGAAAUUUAUAUGUUUGGUUAUUAUAAUAAUUGUUUUUAUUUGAAUAGUACAAUAAUCUCACAAUUAUUAAUUAGUAUUAUAUGUAAGACGUAAUUUUAAUGACCGUCUCAAGCGCAAAUUCGCAGUUAAUUGUAACGUUUGAAACUAUGUCAAUGUCAUAUAUACUCCUAAGUCGAUUGAACUCGUCACACACAGGUGCCUUAUGAAAGCGAAGCAUUUAUAUUUUUGUAUAAAAAGAAAAAAGGUUUCGAAACUGCUUUAAGGUUAAUGUUUUUAUUAAUAGUUAUGCAGUAUAAGCCGCGCCAGCAAAGAAGCGUUUUAUAAAUUGCUGCCACUGUUAAUAAUAUGUCUAAAAAUGGCCGCCCAAUAAACUCACUCGGUGGAUAGAGACAGAAUUUUAAAGAUAUUUACCCGUGCAUGUUAAACUGCAAAGUUAAGUGUAAACCAAUCCUUGAUUUAGUCCCGUCAUUAACUUAUUUAUUUCGUUAACUAAUUUUAGAGAUAAGAAAAUACUAACCCCCUUAUUUAUAUCCGCUAACUUUAAACAGCCGCUGUUUUUUCUCAUUCUGACUUAGGUCAAUAGAAGAAGACAGAGUGAGAAUUAGCAAUGCUUUAAGUUAGCAGACUAUUAUGAAUAAGGGGGUUAUAAAACGACAAAAGUGUUACACGGAAAGACUGACAUUUAUAAAACGAUUCUUGGUGGCGUGGCUUAUACAAUAGUAGUAAUAAAAGUAUUAUAACUGUUAUUUUUUUUGUAGUUUAUGAGAUGUAUGUUCUGAGUAGUCUUUAUGGAUGAACUUUUAAAGUCCUUUUUUAUUUCAUAUGGCUUUGGUAAAUAAGAUUCGAGGGUAGUAUAUAAUAUGAUCAAAGAAUUUUGUGUAUUCACAGACAUAGAGAGUUGACUAAGUGUAAGCCAUUUUACUAAAAGUUCUUUAAAUCAAACUAAAUAGCUUGCUUAACGAUAAAACACACGUCUAUUUUUUAUUACAAGAUAAUCAAAGAUUUUUUUUUAUUAUUUGUCAAAACGAAUAUUGUGUUAUUAGUGUUGAAUUUGAGAGGAUUAUAAAUACCACUGAAAUAAAAAAAAAACAUAACAUGCAUUAUUUAUAGAGAAUGGUCGCUUUGUGUAGGCACUGCCCAUUUUACAGUUAAUUAUCUAGUUGGUGGGGACGCCGAGCAUAAUAACGUGCUAUUUAUUAUAGCUCACAUGUAUAUAAUUUUUGUUGGCAUUAUAUUAUGAUAUUGUAAACAACUUAAUUAAUACAAAGAUACAAUUGUAACUAAGUUAUGUUUAUACAAUAAAAUAUAAACUUUUUCUAUACUUAUAUUAUUGAAUAGAACCAGUGUGUUUAAAUUGUUUAUGCACCCCAAAUGUUCACCACCUUAAUCUUUCCUACCCCUACAGUUUUUUAAAAUUAAAAAUAGUCUUACUGCGAGUUGUAUGAUCACUAUUUAUAGCUAGCUAUAAGCUAUUUAUAGAUUGGUCUGUGUGAAAAUUAAUAUCUACCUACCUUGUAUUUAUAAAGGUGUCUCUUUACGUUUUUAUUAUAGUACAAAAGUAACUAUUAAGUAAGAAAAGUCAAUAAUAAACACGUGUGUUGAAUUGGAGAAAACUUAAAUAAAAGCCAUUUUCAAAACUUACAAUAGUUCCAUAAGCUUACCUUGGACUGAUGAUUAUCUAUACUUUUGUAUUAUUUCAUACCGACUGUUCUGUUGACACAGUAUAUUUAGAAACACUCCGAGUAAAAUAAACCUGAAGGUAUUUUAAGUUGUAACUGUAACAAUCUGUAAUUAGUGUUAGAACUUGGAAACUUUAAAAUACUUUGUUUAGAACAAAAUUCACUAUUUAGGUGAAUAUAUAUUAUUAUAAUGUUAUUUUUAAAUUGUAAUAUAAUAAACUUAUAGAAAAUGA